AUGUCUUCUUUCGACGACGAUGAAGCCCUUUUCGAGGACAUCUACGAUGAUGAUGUUUCCAAAGAUUCUGGAGUAAGCAAGGACGAACUGAGCACCACUGGUGCCACUGAAGUCAGCGAGCCACCUAAAGAAGAAGAUCAGUCUGCGAAGGCUCCCGAAACAGCUGAGACUCAGCAGGUAGUAGCUGCCUCAGAAGCACAACCUACACCUGAACAGCCAGCAGCUGCUACCCCAAACUCAGCAACUCAAGCAGCAGUCCCUCCACCUAUCUCUGCACCUGAAUCUGAAUCCUCAAUUAGCCAGAGUUUCGGACAACAACAGACUGGCCAACAACAAUAUGGUCAGCAAGAAUUUGGCCAGCAACAAUAUGGUCAACAGCAAUAUGGCCAGCAGCAACAGUAUGGUCAGCAGCAGAACCAGGGCCAGGACAGGAGAAUGGCCCCUUCCAAUUUGGGACGUGACAGUGGAAAGAUGUUCAUUGGUGGGCUCAACUGGGACACCACGGGGGAUGCUUUGGUUGAAUACUUCUCUCAAUUUGGAGAGAUCUUGGACCAUACCAUCAUGAAGGACGCAAGCACAGGCAGAUCUCGUGGAUUUGGUUUCUUGACAUUCAAGGACCCCAGAGCUGUUGAUGAAGUGAUCAAAAAGGAUCACAUCUUGGAUGGAAAAUUGAUUGACCCAAAGAGAGCCAUUGCUAGAGAUGAACAAGACAAAGUUGGAAAGAUUUUCGUGGGAGGAAUUGACCCAAUGGUCAAUGAGAAAGACUUCAACGAUUUCUUUUCGCAGUUUGGUCACAUUAUCGAUGCUCAGCUCAUGAUUGACAAAGACACCGGUAGAUCACGAGGAUUCGGAUUCAUCACCUUCGACACCCCCGAGGCAGUAGAUAGAGUUUGUGUCAACAAGUACUUAAAGUUAAAAGGAAAGUCUAUGGAAGUCAAGCGGGCUGAACCAAGAGGUCUGCACCAACAAAGCCUGCACCACCAACCACAACAGCAACAACAACAGCAACAACAGUAUAAUCAAUAUGCCAAUGCAUUCGGUCAGAUGCAAAUGCAAUACGCUCAAAAUAUGCCCAACUUCCAAGGUGCAACUCCUGAGAUGAUGCAAGAGUACUGGCAAAGAAUGCAGCAGUGGUACAUGAUGCAACAGCAAGCUGCUGGUGAGGAUGGUGAGGGACAGGGUAACGAACAGCCUGAACAACAGCCAUUGAAUCCUCAACAGCAGGGAUCUGAGCCUCCUCUGGGACCAAGUGGACAGAAGAUGCCAACUCCACCAGGUGGCCCUCGUAAUGCCCGUGACAGAUUUAGAGAUCGUAAUGACCGUGGAAGCGACCGUGGAAACGAUCGUGGAAGCGACCGCGGAAAUGAUCGUGGAGCAGGUCCGAAUGCCCGUAAAAUGAAUUUGCCUAAGGGUCCAAGGCGAGCUCCACCUUCAGGUCCAGCAAAUGGAGGAGGAAACGGAAAUGGAAGCGGAGGCGGAAGAGGUAGAGGUGGCUACAGAAGUAGAGGCUACCAUCCAUAUAGUAGAGGUGGAAGAAGAUAG